AAAUCUGAAGGGAAAAUGGCAAAAGUGAAGGAGAAAGGGCAGGAAAACGGUGACGCUGUGACGGGCAUGGCGGGCGCCUCGGUGAAGGUGGCGGUCAGAGUCCGGCCCUUCAGCGCCCGCGAGAGCAGCCGCCAGGCCAAGUGCGUCAUCCAGAUGCGAGGAAACACCACGUGCAUCACCAACCCCAAGCUCCCUAAAGACGGCACCAAACACUUCACCUUCGACUACUCCUACUGGUCCCACACCUCGGAGGAGGACCCCAACUUCGCCUCACAGCGCCGGGUGUACCAAGACAUCGGGGAGGAGAUGCUGGCACACGCCUUCGAGGGCUACAACGUUUGCAUCCUGGCCUACGGCCAGACCGGCGCCGGCAAGUCCUACACCAUGAUGGGGCGGCAGGAGCCCGGGCAGCGUGGCAUCAUCCCGCAGCUCUGCGAGGAUCUGUUCACCCGCGUCGCACGGGAGGGGUCCCCCGAGCUCUCCUUCUCCGUGGAGGUGAGCUACCUGGAGAUCUACUGUGAGCGUGUGCGGGACCUGCUGAACCCCAAGAGCCGGGGGGGGCUGCGGGUGCGGGAGCACCCCCUGCUCGGGCCCUACGUGCAGGACCUGUCCCGCCUCGCCGUCGCCUCCUUCGCCGACAUCGCCGACCUCAUGGACAGCGGCAACAAGGCCAGGACGGUGGCGGCCACGAACAUGAACGAGACGAGCAGCCGCUCGCACGCCGUGUUCACCAUCGUGUUCAGCCAGCGCCGCCGAGACCCGCUCAGCGACCUCACCACGGAGAAGGUGAGCCGCAUCAGCCUGGUGGACCUGGCGGGCAGCGAACGCGCCGAUGCCUCGGGGGCCAAGGGCAUCCGCCUCAAGGAAGGUGCCAACAUCAACAAGUCUCUGACCACUCUGGGCAAGGUCAUCUCUGCCCUCGCCGAGGCCACCAGCAAGAAGAAGAAGCCAGAUUUCAUCCCGUACCGGGACUCGGUGCUGACGUGGCUGCUGAAGGAGAACCUGGGCGGGAACUCGCGCACGGCCAUGAUCGCGGCGCUGAGCCCGGCCGACAUCAACUACGAGGAGACACUGAGCACCCUGCGCUACGCCGACCGCACCAAGCAGAUCCGGUGCCACGCGGUGAUCAACGAGGACCCGAACGCGCGGCUGAUCCGGGAGCUGCGCGAGGAGGUGACGCGGCUGCGGGAGCUGCUCAGCGCCCAGGGUCUGCCUGACACCGCCCCCCCAGCCCCCCACACCGGGACUGACCCCACCCUCAACGGGGGACCGGAGCCGGAGCCCCCCCUGGGCGCUGCCGAGGCCAUGGAGCGGCUGCAGGAGACGGAGAAGAUCAUCGCGGAGCUGAACGAGACGUGGGAGGAGAAGCUGCGGCGGACGGAGGCCCUGAGGCUGGAGCGGGAGGCGCUGCUGGCUGAGAUGGGGGUGGCUCUGCGGGAGGACGGCGGCACCGUUGGCGUCUUCUCCCCUAAAAAGACCCCUCACUUGGUGAACCUCAACGAGGACCCACUGAUGUCCGAGUGCCUCCUCUACCACAUCAAGGAUGGUGUGACCAGGGUGGGCCAGGUGGACGUGGACAUCAAGCUGUCAGGGCCAUUCAUCCAGGAGCAGCACUGCCUGUUCCGCAGCUGCCCCGACCCCUCGGGGGAAGUUGUGGUGACGCUGGAGCCGUGUGAGGGGGCUGAGACCUACGUCAACGGGAAGCAGGUGACGGAGCCGGUGGUGCUCAAGUCGGGCUACCGCCUCAUCCUGGGGAAGAACCACGUGUUCCGCUUCACGCACCCGGAGCAGGCGCGGCGGGAGCGGGAACGGGGGGCUCCCCCCGGGCCCCCCCUGGACUGGAACCUGGCACAGCGGGAGCUGCUGGAGCAGCAGGGCAUCGACAUGCGCCUCCAGAGGCUCCAGGAGCUGGAGAACCAACCCCAGGCGGAGAAGGAGACAGUGGAGCAGCCACAGCCCCCCACGGCAGACCCCCGGUGCUACGAGGCCGGCUGGCGCCUGAUCUCGUCCCUGCGCGCGGCGCUGCCGGCGCCCGCCGUGCGCUCGGUGCUGCGCCGGGCCGGGCUCCCGCUGACGGCGCCGGGCAAGCGCCGGGAGCCGCUGCGCGUCUACCAGAUCCCGCAGCGGCGCCGCGGGGGCUCCUCGGCCCCCACCCCAGCCCCGGCGCCGGCCUCGCCUCAGCCCUCGUGGGUGACCAUGGCCGACCUGAAGGCGCAGGCGGUGCGGGAGCUGAGCCUCGAGGUGGCCCUGCGGGAGCCGCGGCCGGCGCGGCGCGAGCUGGAGGCGCUGAGCCUGGCGCGGCUGCGCGAGCUGUGCCGGCGCCACGGCAAGCGCGAGCCCACCGAGCGCGACGGCUGGCGCGCCGUGGCCAGGGACGUGUGGGACGCCGUGGGCGGCGGCGGCGAGGACGAGGAGGGCGGCGGCGGCACCUGCGAGCAGGUGAGCGAGGUGGAGGGGCUGCGGCUGCACCUGGACAGGCUGGCGGGGAUCCUGCGCGAGGUGAAGCGGCAGAACAGCGCCAAGGACGAGCAGAUCCGCGCCCUGCGCGACCGCGUGGGGCAGAUGGAGCGAGUCAUCCCGCUGCCGCUGGACGAUGAUGCCGAGGCCGAGCCCCCUGCCCAGGAGCCCCCCCCGGGCGGCCCCCCCCGGCCCGCCCGCCCCCCCCCCCCC